AUGGAUCAAGGAUGCUACAAAGAGGCAUAUUCACGGAUGCAGGAAUUCGUCAUGAGCACGGACUUGGGAAACGUCUUGGCUCGCAUGGCAGAAUGUGCUUUCAAGCUGGAAAGAUUCGAUGAUGUGCCGGUUCUGGCCACUGCCAGCAAGGUCUGGUCGACUGCCAAUUCUGUCGUCCACUACCAUGGGUUGUCUUUACUCCGUUCCGGUCGGAGUGGAGAUGCAUAUUUGCUUCUAAGAGAGGCGAAGAGUUCGAACCCUGAGGACACUAGGAUCUCCGAUGCUUUGUGUCAAGCCUGCAGCGAAAUUGGCGCCCACACCCCGUAUCGCGAGCGUUGCAUUUGGCAGUACCAGAACGGUUAUGAGGAAUGGACGGACAUGGGUGGAGAGUUAGGGGUGAGUCUAGAAGCUGCAUACUUGUCGCGCCCACAGACUUUAAGAGUUGUGGACGGAGAUCGAUCGUUCGAUCUUGGCACAUGCCAGGAAUGCAACUUGAAAACUGGUAGGAAGAGAAACCUCCGUCGCGUCAACUGGACCAAAUCCGGUCAACACCUUUUCAUCGCAAAGCUGCUCCGCGAGAUGUUUGUCGAGUGCAAGGAGGCCACGGCGAAGGCGCUUGCGGAGAAGACGCGCCAAGACGAUCUGGCUCGGCUACAACGUGAGAUCUUGUGUGUGGGAGAGCAAUCUACCACUGAAUCACGGCAAGCUCUGCUUGAGAAACAGCAAGCCCAUAUAGAUGCCAACUUGUGUGCGUCCGAAAACAUGCGAAGGAGGCAGAUGGAAGCGAAUGUAGAAGUCGAGGUGCUCAAGGCACGCCUCGAAGCCAAGACGGAAGAAGCUGAGCUGCGCCUGGCAGAGUUGGAAGCCAAACAACGACAGCAGGAGGAGGAGAUGAAGCGCAGAGACAAUUCAUUGCAGGAUAAAGAGCAGGACUUGCGCAGAAGAGAGCAAACUAGUACCGAGUCACAAGCUCGAAUCACAACUCGGCUUGCGAAACAGCAAGCCGACAUAGAUUCCAAGUUGUGCGAGAUCGAGAACAUGCGGAAGAAGCAUCUGGAAGUGGCAGAAGCACUUGAGGUGCGCAAGGCAAAGCUGCGCAUGACAGAGCUGGAGGCCAGCUUUGCCCGCAAACUUCGGAUUCCUAUCCACAUCGAGAACCCGCGCUCGCAAGUGAUUUUCGGGAUGAGGGAAGAGCUUGAGUUCUGGCGGCAGGGAUGGAUCAGAUCGCAGCACCUGAUGUCCCGUUACGGAUGCGACAAUGCGCACUUCUUGGAAGACCCGACAUUGGUUGCUCCAUUGCAGCGUCUGUUGCGUGCAACUUCAGAACCCCACGAUAGAGAAGCGUGUAGGCGGUGUCGACCGAUGUCCCGCGCGACUGUCCAGCGGGUGCUGCGUGUAGUAAACCCAUACCUUUGGAAGGGCUAUGCCGAACGAGUUGAGCAGCUAUCAGCGUGCAGCUCGAAGCCAAUUUGGUGCUCAGCUGCUAUGGAGUUGUUGAGAAAGGAGUCUUUUGCAUUUGGAUCGGCAGCCCCGUAUGUUGGUGCGACAUAUUGGAUCCAGCUCGACGAAACAGCCAAUGAAAUGCUUCUGUUUCACGGAACACAUCCUGGCAACGCAGAAAGCAUUGCCUCAACUGGCUUUGACAGCAGUCGCGCAUUGCAUGGCCUCUAUGGGAAAGGCUUUUACUUCGCAUGUGAAGCUUGCAAAUCUUAUCAAUAUUCCGGCAGAGGCGGCUGGCAUUGCAUUGUGGUCACCCGCGUGGCGCUGGGCAGAGCAAAGUACACAAAGACACCUCUGUGGGGAGAUGCUACUCAAGCAUUGGGUGGCGAUGCAGACUCCAUUGUGGCCCUGCCUGGAUCACAAGGAGGUCCACCCGGACAGAAUCAUCAUGAGUUCGUUGUGUUCGACAAAUUCCAGGCAUUUCCAGAGUUCAUUGUCUUUUUCGAUGUGCAAGUUGGCUCGGCAGAGUCUUGA